ACGCUUUAUGACGUAUGCAUGCUGCUGUAAUAUUGGACGUGAAAGUUGAUGGCCACACACCAUGGCGACAAACGAGGAUAAAAGGCAUAUGAAGUGGUUAUGAUCAGAGAAUUACUGGUUUUCAAGGGAAUUAAGCGAUGUGACUUUUUUUUUUCUCAUAGAAAUAAGCUAGCAAUCUGAAAACGAAGAUGAGUCAAGACGCUGCAAUCCGCAAUCGCAUUAGCAAUAUAAAAAGUGCCAAAGACCAGAUGGAAGUAUAUUCAUCAGAAUACCAAUCUAAGUAUAGAGAGUGGCCUUUGACGCGCCCACGUGAGGCGAUCAGACCUAAGGUCGCUAAGGGUGUUUCGGGCGGGACCAGUCCGGCAGAUAUGGUAUCAUGCACCCAUCGUGUUUUUGUACACCACGAGCUCAAAGGGUCUCCCAGGAGCUACAAACCCAAACAUGAGUUCACUGCCCCUGAUGUUAAGAUGGAGACUAACACGACAUACAAUGUUGAGUAUCACGAGAAGAAAGCAAAGCCACGCCCGUCACCCUAUAAACCGGGAGAAAUGGUCAUGGAUAACAAGCCUUUUAAUACGAAGACGGUCUACCAAGUCCACUUUAAGGAGUUUACUCGGGAAGAGCUGGAUGCAUGCAAUGUGGAGGUGAAGCCCCAUCACGAUAAUCUAGGCAAAGAGGAGAAGGAGGCUUUCAAUGGACAGAGCACUGCUCAGGAUUCCUUCCGUCCCCCCGGUAAGGUCCUUCCUGCCACCUUGCUUAAACCGACCGAAAAAUCCCACAUCGACCCCACCCAGCCCUUCCAGACCGAAACCACUCACCGUGCCGAGUUCACCGCCAAGACCAUCCCGCAACGCCAAACUCCUAUACCGCCAAACAAGUGCAUCGAGCCUAAGCGAGAGAAAUCUCAAUUCCUGACAGUGUUCACGAGAGACUUUGUAAACCACAAGACGCUCGCCCCCGUAGAGAGCUACAAGCCCAAACGUCCCUACAGAAGAAAUCCAUCCAAAUUUGAUGGAAGGACAACCAAUCGCAUGUCGUACCAACCAAUCCCGUUCCUUUCCAUCCAGGCUCGCCCAGCCUGGGCUAAUCGUGAUAAGGCGGUCGUAGUUUCCAAGGCUCAACGAGCAAAGCUAGAUCUCAAGACUAGUUAUCAGGACGCAUACGGGGACCCAAACCGUAUCAUUCCAAUGGAUAAAUGCCGAGGAGUCCCCUACAAGCUCCCCUGUAACCUGGGACGACCGAGUGCUGGAGCACCGAUGGAAGUCACGACUUCCUACAAAGUGAGCUAUGUACCAUGGGAAAAGGCAAAGAGGACUGAGACCUACAAAUUGGAGCGGCCAUAUACGAUACCCGUAGCCCCCUUCUAUGGGCAAUCUACCACUGGCACCCACUACCUGGGCAUCCCAGCGCCCCCGUCCAAAUCGUUCAAGCCUUCCACCCGGCCCCGUUCCGGUCCGGGUAAGAUGAGCAACGUGACCACUUACAGGGCCACCUUCGGGCGGCGUGCAGCCAGCUGCCCCCCGCCGCACGAUGCGGAGCGGUCAGCCUCCACAUUGCAGGCUUCCAGGACGGAGAGAACCAUCAAGACCCCAACUGUGCCCCCAAAUACAGCUGCCAACAAUUCCCCUAAAUCGUUCUCAUCUAAUGCCAUCUAA